AAGAGUAGUGGCAAGCUAUACGAAAUUUGAUCGUUAUUUAAACGCAUUUUUAAGUUGUUUUGUUUCAGCUUUACUAUAUAAUAAUUUUUUACUUUAAAUUUUUGUUUGUAUUUAUGUUAAUACUGUUAUUGUUUUUGUUAUUAUAUUUUACUUUGUGUUUUUUAUGAAGUUUUUGCGUGUUGAUAUUUCCGUAUUCUAUAGCACUAACUCGAAGAAGAUAUGUAACCUAGAUGUUUUAAUUAAACAGUUUUUGCUGAUUAUAUGUUUAUGUAUGAUAUAUCACCAGUAUAAUUGCGUAAAUGAAACCGAUAACAAGCUUUGUAGUUAGGAAAAGUGAACAAUGGUGAAUGUUCCUGGGCUAAUUUCUAUUUUAAUAUUUUAUGCUUUGAUAUUUUUUAUUGGAUUAUGGGCUGCUCGAAAAAAGAAAACAGGAAAAGGCAGCAAAGAUGAUGAGCUAUUAUUAGCCGGUCGAAACAUUGGCUACAUUGUUGGAGCAUUUACUAUGACAGCAACUUGGGUUGGAGGGGGAUACAUAAAUGGUACUGCGGAGUCCGUGUACUUAACAGGCCUUGUCUCAGCACAAGCUCCGUGGGGGUAUGCUUUAAGUUUGGUUUUUGGUGGAAUAUUGUUUGCCAAAAAAUUACGCGAAGCUAAUUACGUUACUAUGUUAGAUCCGUUGCAGGAAAAGUAUGGUACAGAAAUGGGUGCCAUUUUAUAUAUUCCUGCUCUUCUUGGAGAGAUAUUCUGGUCUGCAGCUAUACUAAGUUCACUUGGAGCUACUCUUAGCAUUAUUUUAGGUUUAAGAAUUGAUUACGCAGUAAUAAUAUCAGCUUUAAUUGCAGUUGGUUACACAUUUUUUGGGGGGUUAUAUUCAGUUGCUUAUACUGACGUGGUUCAGCUAAUUUGCAUCUUUUUUGGACUAUGGAUCACCGUACCCUUUGCUAUGACACACGCUCAAGUACAUAAGUUAGCUAAUACGAGAAAUCAAUGGAUUGGCAAUAUAGAAAGUCGUAAUUUAGGUGUGUGGCUAGAUAGUGCUUUGCUAUUGGUAUUUGGAGGUAUUCCGUGGCAAGUUUAUUUCCAAAGAGUUUUAUCCGCUAAGUCAGUAAAAAGUGCCCAGGUGCUUUCAUAUUCAGCUGCAGUCGGUUGUAUAAUCAUGUCCGUCCCAUCUAUUCUGAUAGGAGCAGUUGCAAAAUCAACCGAUUGGAAAAAAGUUCUUUCUGACAAUUCAACACAGUUAACUGCAGAUGGUGUUAUUGCUGACUCGCGCUUAGUUUUACCAAUGGUACUUUAUCAUCUUACUCCAACAUGGGCUUCAUUUUUUGGUUUGGGUGCAGUUUCGGCAGCUGUCAUGUCUUCUGCAGAUUCAUCUGUACUAUCGGCCAGUUCGAUGUUUGGGAAUAAUAUAUACAAAGUAUUAAUUAGGCGAAAGGCUUCAUCUAAAGAAUUUUUAUGGGUAAUACGUAUUGGUAUUAUUGUGGUAGGAGUUAUUGCAACUCUAAUGGGACUAACAAUUACAAAUAUAUAUGAUUUGUGGGUGCUGUCUUCAGACUUAGUUUAUGUAUGUUUAUUCCCACAACUGUUAUGUGCAGUAUAUAUUAAGUUUGUAAACGUUUAUGGUUCGGCAGCAGCAUUUGUUCUUGCUGUUUCUCUUCGAACCUUAGGCGGAGAAAAAGUAUUAGGUAUUCCAAUUGUGAUAAAAUAUCCUUAUUUCAACAAUGGUCAGCAGUUGUUUCCUUUCAAGACGUUUACAAUGAUUUGCUCGUUAAUAACGUUAGUGGUUGUUUCCAUUGUUGCUAAUUAUUUAUCAAAACACUUUUCUAAAACCAGUCUUUCUACAGACACAGAUGUGAUUCUGUGUUCCUACAAGGAUGAUGACAUCAACAAUGUUAAGUCGUUUUCACAAAUCUCUAGAUGGUCUGGAAGUUAUAAUAAUAUUACUGCAAGCGCAACUGAACUUAGAAACAGAGAUGAAAGACUGUUAUUAAAGCAUAAAUCAACUGAAAAAAUCUUGCUUGAAACUCAAGAACUUUAAAGUUUAUCUGUAUUCCUAUUUAUUGUGAGCCAUUCUUUCAAUAACGAACAGCUUUAAAAGUAGAAUGGGUGUAUAAAAAAUCAAACCCCACUUGUCAUUAACUCAAAAGCAUUUUAAAAAACACCAUUAAUAUUUAUUGUUAUGUUAUUGCUAUGCAAUAGUUGUGCUAUAUACUUAAUAAGUUGCAAACACAUUGUAUUAACUAAUUUUAAGAAUCAUUUAAAAAUAAUCAAUUUAAA